AUGGAUGAGAUAUUGAACAAGGUGGGGUCAUACUGGUUCAGUCGCAAGGCCAGCAAGGAGUUUAACUCUGUCGGUGACGAUAUCAACUCACUGUCAACCAGUAUUGAAGGGGGAACCAAAUGGUUGGUGAACAAAUUAAAAGGAAAGAUGCAAAAGCCAUUAACAGAGUUACUGAAGGAGUAUGAUCUACCCAUUGGAAUCUUUCCUCGUGAUGCGACAAACUAUGAAUUCAAUGAGGAAACAGGGAAGCUUGUUGUUUACAUUCCUCAAGUGUGUGAAGUUGGGUACCGAGAUUCAUCAAUCUUGCGGUUCUCCACCAGUGUGAGUGGUUAUUUGGAGAAAGGGAAGCUAGCAGAAAUAGAGGGAAUAAAGACUAAAGUGCUGAUCUGGGUAAAAGUAACCACCAUUUCAUCCGAGGGACCAAAGCUCCAUUUCAUGGCCGGUAUGAAGAAAACAAGGAAAAGAGAGACAUAUGAGGUUACUAGAGAUGGGAUAAACGUAGAUAAGUUCUAA